GGGCAGCUGUCAGUGGAGAGGGGGCUCCCCAGCUGACCCAGCCUAGGCUGUGGCCACCUGAUCUGAGCCUAGGCUGCCGGGAGGUAUAUAGUUCUGACAGGAAGGGAGUGGGGGGCAGUCAAGUCAGGCCUCCCUCCUCCUGCACAGGCCUCGGACCCUGGGCAGUACAAGGUGCAUACGUUCAAGGUAGGGUUAGUUUUCCCUCCAAGGUGGGCCUCCUGGACGCUCCCCUGGACUUUCCUCUCCACCCUCAGGACCUCUCCACCAGGCCCACCUUCCUUGAGCCCCUCCCCACCCCACAAUUUACUCCCUUUCUUGAGCAGGAAAGGCAGUGGGUGGAAAUUUGUUCUCAAAGUUCAAUCUUUUUCUUUCAGAGUUCAAAAAUCACUGAGGCAGUGACUGAUAGGAUGGAUUUAGAACAAACAAAGCUUUUAGCCUCGGCGAUCUUUCUUGAGAGCCUACUACGUGUCAGGCUGCAGUAGGGUUUUCCAUCCUUUUCCCUCACCAGGCUCCAUAGGAAGGAGGGCUCCCAGCCGACAGUGGAGUCAGCGGCUCGUAACUCACCCCAAUUCACACAGCAGACACCUAGCAGACUGGGGCUCAGGCCUGUGCUAAGGCCCAUUUCUCAGGGGGCGUACACCCUUGUAAGAGUCAAGAAAAUGUGUUUUUAAUCCAACGUCCACCAUUUACCAGCUCUGUGACCUUGGACAACUUGUUGAGAGCCUCAAAGGAGGCUCAGUUUCCCCAUCUUUCAAAUAGGCACCAUGCUAUCGAGCUCUUUGGGUUCCACUAAAGAUUAAGAUCAAGGGCUUAGGCGUCUGACCCACAGUGAGCUGAUCAUUCAUAUGAAUUCGACGGAUAGCUUUUGAGGACCGAAGUGCCCUGGGCUGGACUGCACCCCUUGGCGAAGGGGUAGCUGUGGCCUCUGUCCCCGCAGUGCUGAUGGUCUGUUCUGCUUUGAAAUUGUUGGAAGGGCUGAGCUGGCGGUUGCAGGAUGGAAUGACUAAUUCAGAUUUUUAUUUGACCAGGGGUGUUUUUUUUUUAAUUGAGUGAGCUGUGGGGACUGACAGACUGGCCCAGGGGGCCGGGGACGGGGAGGCUAAAAGCAGAAGAGGAGUCUGCAGGCAUGUGGACCCGAGAACCUUUGUGGUUAGGCCGGCGGCCCACUGUAAGGGCAGCUUGUCAGAGCCGAGAGUGCUGGUGUCCUUUCAGAGGCAUGAGCUCUCCGCUCCCAGCAAGGUCCUGGGAGCCCUUCUCAGAUGGUGGCGAUCGCGAGACCCCUCAGUGCCCACCUGUACUGCUGGCCUUGCUCGGGCACCAGCUGUGUUGUUAAAACGCCCCGUAAAAAAUCAAACCAUUGGAAGGUUGCCCUGAGUUAAUGCCCCGAGGAGCGCUUGUUCUCAGAAGCCAGGACCCCUGAGUCCUCCUGCAGAAUGAAGGUUCUUGCAUCACCCCCACCCCUACCCCGCACACACACCUCUGUCCCAUGAAGGCAGGUGUCCUCCGCAGACUCAUCCCUUCACCCACCAAGGGCAGGGACCGGCCAAGGGGGAUCCCCGUGGGAGCAGUUAGGUGCCUGUGAGGUCUGGAAGCCUGUGCCUCCAGCCUCCGAGGGCUUGUCUGCCACCCCAGGGGGAAUCAAGCCCAUGGGGCAGUGGCUCGGGAAGGCAGAGGCUGCACCGUGGAGAGGGUUCAUUCUUGCCUUCUGGGCUUUCCUUACACCUGGCGUGGAUUCUUGGCCCUUGAGGCUUCCUUCAUCUCCACUAGUUCCCAAGUGUGUCUCGAUACCCAUUCUGUGCCACAUGCUGGCCGUUUGAGGGCUUGGACACCAACCCUGGACUCGUUGUGGACAGCAUGGUGGGGAAGACAGCUCUCCAAGAUCUUGAUUACACUAAUCUGGUGAGAGGAAAGUCCUCAAGGCUCGGGGGAGCUCGAGGUACAGGGGAGGAAGUACAGUUGAGUCCAGGUGGGUCGGGGAGUGCUUCCGGGAGAGGUGGCAUUGAGCCAGACUUGAAGCAUUGAGGUAGAGAAGGGACUUCCAAGAAGGUGGCACAGCACGUGCAAAAGCACAGAGCCCUGGCCAGUGUGGCCCAUGGUGAGCUGGAGCAGCGUGGGAGCUGGAGGGGAUGGCCCCGUUAUGAGGGGAGAGAGGGCUGUGUCCAGCCUCCUUUGUCAGGAUCUGGUCACUGGUGUAAUCCCAGGGCCGAAGAAGGCUCGUGGGAGAGGGGAGGGCAGGGCAGGUAAGGAAGAGGACAGCUGGGGGAAAUGGCCCAGUGGAAAAGGAAAUGAGAGAGAAUGUGGUGUGGGAAAUCUAGGCUAGCGAAAUGCCACUUCUGGGUGUAUACCCGAAAGGAUUGGAAGCAGGGUCUCAAAUAUUUGUACACCCAUGUUCACAGCAGCAUUAUUCACAACAACAAAAACAUGGAAGCAACCCAAGUAUCCAUUGACUGAUGAACUGAUAAGCAAAAUGUGGUGUAUGCGUACAGUAGAAUGCUGUUCAGCCUUAAAAAGGAAGGAAAUUCUGACACCUGCUACAACACGGAUGAACCUUGGGGACUGAGUGGUAUAAGCCAGUCACAAAGGAUAAAUACUGUACAAAUUCAUAGAGACAGAAAGUAGAAUGGUGACGCACAGGGGCUGGUGAUGGGGAGAAUGGGGAGUUAUCGUUUAAUAGAGACAGAGUUUCAGUUUUACAAGACGAAAAGAGUUAUGGGGAUGGGUGGUGGUGACGGUUGCACAACAGUGUAAAUGUAGUUAAUACCACUGAGCUGUAUACCUUAAAGUCAUUAAGAUGGUAAGUUUUUUGUGUAUUUAAUAUAAUAAAAUGCAUGCUGAACAACAGACAACAAAUCCAGGCUAGUGAGAAUGAGAAGAAAGUUGAGAGGUGGAGGUGUUGCAGGGUGUCGCGGGGGUGUGGAGAGGAUUGUCACUGACAGAGCAUGAGUCUUGAUGGAUCUGAGUUUGAACCCUCACUGUGCCGCCUGUAUUAGUCAGCUUGCGCUGCAAUAACAAAAUACCACAGCCUGGGUGGCUUAAACAACAGAAAUUUAUUUCUCAGUUUUGGAAGUUGGUAAUCCAAGAUUAGGACGCCAGUAGAUUUACUUCCUGAUGAGGGCUCUCUUCUUGGCUUGCAGUUGGCCGCCUUCUCCCUGUGCCCUCACAUGGUCUUUUCUCGGUGCAGGUGCAUGGACAGAGAAAGCAAGCGAUAUCUCUCUCUUCCUCUCUUAGGGCACUAGCCCCAUCACGGGGCCCCAUCCUCAUGACCUUAUCCAAACCUAAUCACCUCCCAGAGUCCCCACCUCCAAAUACCAUCCCAUCGGGGGUUAGACCUUCAACAUAUGAAUUUGUGGCGGACACAGACAUUCAGUCCAUAUGCCCCAUUUGGAGUCAUUUCACUUCAGUAAGUCUCAGUUUUCAUAUCUGGAAAGUGCUGAUGAGCCUCUGGAGUCCUGUUGGAGCCUCAUGUGCUCUUGUGCAUCCAAUGCCUGGCCUCUAGGAGUUGCUCAUCAGGCCUUGGCUGUCAUCAGCUAGGCUUCCCUGAGCAUCUGCCAUUCUCCAUAACCCCUCGAUGUCCCCAGAUGGUCUGGGGCUCUGGGAGAUGCUCAUUUCCCCCCUUGCAGGCUGUGCUUUGGGCCUCUCUGACUGGGUCUGGUGCUGGGGUCUCUAAGCAGGAGGGUGAGCACAGACCAGGUCUCAGGAAGGCUUAGGUGGGCUGUUUGUCUUCACGUUGAGGCUGGAGAUCUUGGGAUACCUUCCCCAUUCUUUGUUUACCCACCCCUGAAGGACCUAGGCUUACUUGGGUAGUGGGGGCGGUGACCAAGCAGCUUCUAGCUGGAGAGAAUGCAGAGUGCCAGGGUCUGCUUUAAGAUGACAGGUCACCUGGCUUCUUAGGUGGGUCAGGGUCAGGCCCCCUCCCAAAUAGAGGGUUGCAGGUGGGCAAGAGAGGUUGUACCCCAGCCUGGCGGAGGCAGGGAGCCCCAUCAUCCUCUGAUCCUCCUCCAUUCUUGUGGCAUCAGGCUAUGUCUGGGCUGUCGCCUGGGUCCUGGGGAGGAAGGAGGAGAGGAUUGUGACUGCCAGGGUCACAGCACAAGUGAACAGCAGGGCUGGGGUUUGAUCCCCGGGAUAGUCUGGCCCCCAACGCCAUGACCCUGGCCAUGACACCCUCCUUCCUGCACCCUCUCAGUGGCCCCUGCUGGCAUGCCACUCUUACCUGGCUCCCCUGCCUUGGCAGUCCACCUUGGCCCUAUCGCCUCCUUGCCUCUGUUUUUUUUUUUUCCUUCGUUUUAAAUGUUUGGAUAGAUAGCAAAUUCACAAUUUAUUAGAAUUCCAAAGUUACACAAAGGUGCCCAGUAAAAGCUUCCUCCCACCCUUGUUCUUCAGCCAACCAAUUCCCGCCCCCACGGACAAGGAGAUCAGUGGGGAUCUCAGUGAUAUUUCCUGUGUGUGCGUGUGUAUAUAUAUAUGUGUGUGUGUGUGUGUGUGUGUAUGCAAAUACGCAUAUGUAGUAUUUUCUCUCUCUCUCUCUCUUUUUUUUUUUUUAACAUAAAUUGGUGUUAAACCUUGCUCACUAUUCCCAUUCUGCACCGUGGUAUUCUUCAGCUGAAGUUCGUCUUAGUGGUGAUUCACAUCCUUCAUUUUAACUGUUGCACAGUUUCCCAAGGACCAGGUGACCAUCAUAUCUUUAAACUUACUCCGCAGGUGGACCUUUGUUCCCAACCUUUUUUGUCAGUAUUUACAAUUAAUGCCAUAACGUGUAACUUGGGGCACAGGCCUUAUUUUUCAUGCGUGAGAAUAUGCCUACAGGCAAAUGCCUAGAAGCAGAACCCGGGGUCAGAGCACGUGUGUUGGAAAAGUCCUCACGUAGUGGCUGCGGAAAGGGGUUCCCAUUGACAUCCCUGUCUGGGGGUCCUGGGCCUGCUUCCCACCACCUCACCACCCAGUGUGUCAUCAGAUAGCCCGGUAGGUAAAGGACCCCUCUAUGUCACCUUCCAUUCUGGGGGUGCGUGUUUAUGCACAUACAUGCCAGCCCUGAGGCAUUUGCUUGUCUUCUUGUUUGGGGCCCUCUGUCACCGUUCAUCUUAUUUCCCCCAGCCAGCUCACAGGCCCCCAGUGGGCUGUGGCAGGUCUUAAGCCUUUCACCUCCAGAGCACCCAGCCUCUAGUCGGCCCACCAUAGUUAAAGCCCUGAUUUUAUUUGCUCUCAUAUCAGGGUAUUUGCCCAUCUCUGUGGCCAGCUCCCCCACUCUCCCCCUCCAUGUGCAGGUGAAGACAUCUGUCUGCAAGGCCCUGGGGCCCAGGUAGCCACACCUACAUUCAAGCAUCCCCAGUGUGCCCAGCCCUUGAAGCUGAGUCCACACCUCCAGGGGCUGCCCCCUCACAGGUCCAGAGCUCUCUCACCUCCACAAAUGUUGGAAACUGGCCCAGGUCCCAGCACCCCCAGGCCUUUCCACCUUCCUGCCAGAUUUAGCUGAUGGAGAGGCUCCAGGCUCUGGGAGCAGCUGGGCCUGAGCAGUGCCCUCCCUGGGGCUUCACAGCUGUCCCAGAGGUAAAGUGUGCCAGACCCCAUAAAGAUACCCACCCGCCCCAGGGCGAUGGGUAGGCAGCUUCUGGCCCCUGUUGCCCUCAGAGAGCUCUGGAAGAGCCUUCUUGCCGCUGCCAAAGAUGCAGCAAGAAGCUCACCCUCCUCCUGUGCAGGUGGAGGAUGCUAUCAUCACAGAGGCCCAGGCCUACCCGCUUACCAGUCACAUGUAGCAUGUUCUGCCCACUUAACUCACGGCCUUUGGUGGAGUGUUAGCCUUUCCAGUCCUCAGUUUCUUCAUCUGCAAAAUGGGGUGAUAACACUGACUUGGCCAGCUCAUCAGAAAUUCCUUUUAACAUCGUUAUGUUCUGAUUACUUGAACGGCACUGUCUCCCUUUCUCUCCCUCCACGACUUUGGCAAAUUGGAUGUGGCCCUGGGAUAUAGGCCACAGCCAAGUGAGAAUUUUAAUAAAAGUGAAAUAUUUGGCCCAGAGCCCAUGGAAGGCCCUUGGGGCCUGGCCCUUCUCAUUGUGGGGCAGGGCCACUAGACUGUCAUUGAGCUGCUCCAGGCAGCUCAGAGAGGUAAUGACAGGUACAAACCCAGCAAAAGAAAACGCCGCAUCCCCCAGGAGAGGUUGGGUAAUAAGGAGCUGACAGUGGGUGCCUGUGUUGAUUUUCGGCCCAUCCUGACUCUGGGAAGUUGGUGUCACCAUCAGCCAGGAGUGCAGGACAACGCGACAGCUUGGGCCGGGGCUUCCUUUGCAGGCAUGUCUCAGCCAUAGCUGGACCCCCAGGCCAGGCGCACUUUGGAAGCAGCAGGGGCUGACGACCCCUGUCCAGGAAGUAAGCAUAGCUCUGCUGCUGACUGAGCCUGCCCCAGCCUGGGACAGCUAGGGAGAGUAGACCGACCAGAGGGUUCUUUGCCCCAGGGCAGGUAGGUGCAGGGCUGGAGGCUGGCCACAAAGGGGUCCCUUCCAGCCCUCUCCUGCCCCAGCCUAAGGUCUGGGACGGCACCAUUUGGGUGUAAGCGCUGCCCUCCCUGGUGGAGAAUGUUAGCACACUGAAUAUCUAGUUCUCGGCCACUCUGGGCUGGACCCAGCCUGACAUCUUUAGUUCAGCUCUUUUAUUUCAUGGAUUUGGAACUGAGUCCAUAAAGGAGAGGACUUGCCAAGGCACGUGGCGGUCACACUGAUUCCCCCAGGUGCAGACAGGCCCUGGGGAGCUAGGCUGUGGCUCAGCUCAGAGCCCCUUCCCUUCAGCUUGGGAACCAUUCUGUACCGUUUCUCCUGGGCUUAUGUUCAUCGCAGCCCUUUUCCCAUCAUCUCUGGUCAUUUGUCCAGUUGUUUCACGAGUCUCUUCUCAGUAGCCGGCAGUGUCUUUAAGGGUAUUGUGGACUGAAUGUUUGUGUCCCCCCAAAACUCAUAUGCUAAAGCCCUAACCCCUAGUGGGAAUGUAUUUGGAGAUGGGCCUUUAGGAAGUAAUUAAAAGAGGUCAUAACGGUGGGGCCCUGAUCCAAUAGGAUUAGUGUCCUUAGGAGAAGAGGCACCAGAGAGCUCGCUUGCUUUCUCCUCACGUGUGCACAGAAGGAAGGCCAGGCAAGGAUGCAGCCUUCAUCAAGCCAGGAGGGAGCCCUCUCCAGAAACGCUGCCAGCACUCCGUUCUACUUCCAUCCUCCAGAACUGUGAGAAAAUAAACUUCUGUUACUUAAGGCCCCCAGUGCUUUGUUCUGGCAGCCCUGGCUGUUGUUGCCCUAUGUGUCCCCCAUGCCACCCUAGCCCUCCUGGACUGCUGAGAUUGAGGACCAGUGGAAAGAGCCCCGACAAGACUGUCCCAAAGCCUCAGUGAGCCCAUCUUGGUAACGGGAGGGUGAAGAGAGAGGCAGGUAGGUCAGGUACGCGUGGGCACAAUAGCAAUUUUCCUGCCCUUUCUCCCUGGCUCAUGGUUGAGCUCAUUAAAAGAGCUAAGUGUCGGGAAUUCCGUGGUGGUCCAGUGGUUAGGACUGUGCGCUAUCACCAGGUUCGAUCCCUGGUCUGGGAACUAAGAUCCUGCAAGCCGUGCAGCGUAACCAAAAAAAAAAAAAACCAAAAACAAACCAAAAAAAGAGCUAAAUGUCAGUGCUAGACAUUUUACCCCCUGAGCUAAGUGAACAACCGGGGGGCUUUUCCUGGGGGAAAGUAGUGGUAAACUCGAGACCCCGCCUCAUGCCAGCAGCUAGUCCUUCACUCCUGAGGACCGCAGUGAGGUUCCGGACAUCAUGGAGACAGAGAUGGCAUCUGGACCUGGAAUGGUCCCAGGGCCUGUGGCUUGGGGGGUUAACCGCAGCCGAAUGACCUGGAGCUGCAGGCCCCGGAGGCGACGUGGACAUUGUUUCAGGUGGAGGCUGCUUGCUCUUGAAAGAGUGAUGGGUAGAAAAGUUCCAGAACUGUACUGUCCAAGUCGGCAGCCUCUAGUUCACAUUUAGUUCAUAUGAACCCUAGCUAAGUUCAUAUUAAUUAAAAUCAAGGAAGAUUUUUUUUUAAUUCAAUUCUUUAGCCACACUAGCCUCAUUUCAUAGCACUCAGUAGCCACACGUGGCUGGUGGCCAACCCAACUGGACAAUGCAGGUGUAGACCAUUUUCAUCAUUCCAGGAAGCUCUCCUGGAUAGCACUGUUCUAGGUUUGUUUGGACUCAGUAGAGAGAAUGCCAGGUUCAUUUCAACGAUGGCUGUCCUGACUUAGGGUUGGGCGGAGUGGGGUCGCACCUGGCUGUAUGUGCCACCCUUUGCAGGCAGAUGCCGGGGGUACACCCCGUGGGCUCCUGGUCAGAGCAGUCGGGUACGCUGUAGUGGGGUGUGGUUGAACCUAGGCUGGCCUGGCCAGCAGGAAUUGGCUCCGUCUGGGGAUCUCAGGGCUCCUUUCUGACAUCCCAGCCGCCCCCACACUUAGCUCUGCUUCAGCUUUCUGCUCCGGCGCCACCACCUCCAGGGUGCCCUCCCUGAGCCCCAGACCCCCAGCACUCCCCCGCUUGCCCUUCUCUGCUUAUUCCCUGCAUCCACCCCGCUUAUGUAAACACAUCAUCACGUCUGCAUCCCCAGCUAGUGCAGCGCUGGGCCCGUGGAACUGCGGUGGACAGGGCAGCGGCUUGGCGAAGCUAGAGCCACAGUCCUUCCGACGUAAGCCCUGUGUUCUGACUCUGGGGGUGACAAGGCGCCAGCCCAAAGCGCGGGGAGACGCAGGGCAUGCCCAGGGUCACCCAGCUUGCUAGGAGUCGAGGCUGAACAGGCCCAGCUGGAGGUGCUGAAGCCCCGUUGGAGCAGGGAGCAGCUGAGAUGCCCAGGUCAGCAUCCAGAGCGGGCAGGUGGUCACAGGCCAUCUUCUGCUUCACCUGGUUUACAUGUCGCUUAACCUACUCCUGACCCCACCUCAGAGGCAGCCCAGUGAGCUCUAAGGGGUCCCAGGGGCCGUUAGCUCGGGACCCCGCCGCCUUACUCCAGGCACCGAUCCCAUGAGUUGUCACACACACAGACACCAGGAAAUUGACUGCCCCUCAAUCCCAAGACACUUGAGAACUUCAGGGGGACCAGGAAGGGAAAAAUGGGGAAUCUGUAGGCCAGACAUGUUUUCUUUGGCCCACGCGGUGUGUUUUUUGAAAAGUACACCAACAUUUAGCUCUCUCCUCCUCGCUUCCAAGAUGACCAAGAAAAGAAGGAAUGAUGGUCGUGCCCAAAAGGGCCGCGGCCUCAUGCAGCCUAUUCACUGCACCAGCUGUGCCCGACGCAUGCCCGAGGAUGAGGCCAUUAAUAAGUUCAUCAUUCGGAACAUCGUAGAGGCCGCAGCCGUCAGGGACAUUUCCGAAGCGAGGGUUUUCUGUGCCUAUGUGCUUCCCAAGCUGUGUGUGAACCUGCGUUACUGCGUGAGUUGUGCCGUUCACAGCAAGGUAGUCAGGAGUCAUUCUCGGGAAGCCCGGGAGGACCGAACACCUCCACCCCGAUUUAGGCCUGCAGGUGCUGCCCCACAACCUCUGCCAAAGCCCAUGGAAGGAGCUAAGUCCUUAAAGACUGAAGAAUACUGUCCCCUGGAAAGAAAAUAAAGUGGAAAUUAUACUUAAAAAAAAAAAUAGGGACUUCCCUCGUGGCGCAGUGGUUAAGAAUCCGCCUGCCAAUGCAGGGGACACGGUUCAAGCCCUGGUCCGGGAAGAUCCCACAUGCUGCGGAGCAGCUAAGCCCGUGCGCCACAACUACUGAGCCUGUGCUCUAGAGCCCGUGAGCCACAACUACUGAGCCCACGUGGCACAACUACUGAAGCCCACGUGCCUAGAGCCCGUGCUCCGCAACAAGAGAAGCCACCACAGUGAGAAGCCUGCGCACCGCAACGAAGAGUAGCUCCCGCUCACUGCAAGUAGAGAAAGCCUGCGCGCAGCAACGAAGACCUGAUGCAGCCCAAAAUAAAUUUAAAAAGUACACCAACAUUUAAAUAUUGAGAGAGAUCACCAAAAUCUGGAUUUCCAGCUUUUCUGGAAAAAUUGGAAGAUCUUGCAACCCAGGGCCCACGUUUAACAGUACAUCAGAGCUGAGUGGCAGCUGCCCCUCUUUGGUAGGAAAGGAGCCGCCGCACCCGCCCCCAGGCAGCCUCAGUCCCUUCCAUACCCUGGUGUCCCCCACCGCCCCACCUCCACUGAGACCAGGUACCAGGCCCAUUUGUCAUCGUGCUGUUACUGGCCUGUUUCUUGGGUGCAGAAAAAUAUGUCUCUGCUAUUCUUCCCCAAAAGUGCUAGGAAGAAAAAGAGGCUGAGAGGGCCAUGGGCUUCUUGGUACAAGUGAAGAAUGUUCCUGGGUAUGGAAUAUGCAAAGCGUGUCUGACCCCUGGUUCUCUUCACCUGAGUAUCUUGCACACCUUUGAGCUGUAACCCCCUGUUAAGGCAUUUCCAAGCUCUUCCUUGAUGUCCUCCUCCCAUCCUCCGUCCACCCCCUUUGGUUUCUUGUCCCUGAAACCCCUGCAGAAACACAUGUGCGUCUGUGUCCGACUCCCUAUCUUGGGGGGCUUGGCUGACACUGCUGACUUGGUAAAGUUGGUAGCAGCUGAGCAGACCUCCUCUUGGGGCUCCUGACCGUCCUCCCAGGCUCCCAGCUGGAGGGACACAGGGGCCAGGGGUCUGAUAUGGCCAGGCUCACGGGCUUCGGUUUCUGGGUCCUGCAUCCCCUGGGCGGCCCCCCGGUGGUCCACGGUGAAUGGAGUAUGAAGCCAGCUCCCUCCACCUAAGAGAAGAUGGGACUCAAGCAGAUACAGAGAGGCAGGUGCAGAUAGAACAGCGAGAUUGCCAGUGAGAUGUGGGAACUGCUCUCCAUGCAGCCAAAGUGAGCUGCUUAAGACACAGACCCUCAAACAUUUCAAAGCCUUCUUUUUCCUUUUUUUUUAAUGGACCUCAGGUGCACAGAAUGCAAUUACUCAUGAUCCUUGUUCUGUGACAUACUUAUCGAUCCUAGCUUUCAAGUUACGUUUGUUUAUUGUUUGAAUAAGAAUACCCCCCACUGCGACCAUGACAUGAUGGUAACUGCUGUCCACCCACACUUAUCUUUCCCUUGACUUUUACAAACAGUUUUGUCCUGUGUAUACACCUGACAAGGGUAUCUGACUGUAUU